AUAUAAAGUAAUAAAUAACAAUGUCCGGAAGAUUUGCCACUCCAGAAGCUAAAGAAGAAUCUACCUUCGAACAAAUAAAGAAUUCUCCACUCUUUACUGUUGCCCUCAACGCUACCUUUUUCGGUUUAGGAGUUUUAUUCAUUCAAUCUCCAUUGAUGGAUAUGCUUGUUCCUCAAUUAUAAUUGCAAAAUCAUAGAGAAGUCAAAUCUUCAAUAUACCGAAUGUAACGAUUUUUUGUUUUUGAAUUGAAAUAGAAAUAGAAAGAGAAAGAGAAAGAGAAUAAUUAUGAAUUAUGGUAUCAAACAGAUGAAUAGUAUUAAGUUAAGAUUAAUAGUCAGCUUAUACAGCACACAUAAGGUCUCCAAUAUCUUUAUAUUUUUAUGAUAUUCCUUUAUUAGAUCUACCACAGAGUCAAUUUCAUUAUUUUUAUAACUUUUUCAUUUCGUAUGGGUAUCUUCCUUCAUCCUUUUAUUUAUUUUAUUAUUGUAUAACUGCUACUAAUAAUUAGCACAGUUAACACAUUUCAUUGGCAAUUCUUACAUUCUUCUUUCUGUACAUAUAUAUUUAAACAAUUCUACAUGUUAACGCGACCAGAACCAUAGUAAAUAAAUAAUAUCUAUAUAUAUAAAUU